AUGUGUGACUACCGAUUUCACUUUUUAGUGGCCGGUGAUAAUGGAGAGGUGGAGAAAUGGCGUAUCUCUUGUGAAGCAGAUCUGCGAAAUGUGUCUUUCAUGUUCACAAUACCUACUAUCUAUGUUACACUACAACCGAAAGAUAGUCCAGGUCCGUAUAAUCAGGCAAGUGUACCAACGUACCCUUCGUAUGGCUAUACCGGGGGUCAAGGUGGGUUUAUGAAUUUAGUUGCUGCUCAGGGCCCACCUCUCUAUCCAUAUGGUAUUGUGUAUCCACCUAUAAUGAACUUACAUAGUCAACCAUCAACAUCUUAUCCGACGAACAACUACAACCCGGUGCCCGACACCACCAGAAAGAUGGACUCAAAUCAACCCGGUGCCUCACGCCAAUCUCCCGAACAUGUCGAUUGGGGUGUGGAUAGCGGGUUGAAUGGGGAUUCAACUGGGAAUGAUGAAAGUGAUGAUGGCGGGCAUUAUUGUGAUGCUUACAAUAAUGAGAUGAACAUCAACGAUAAUCCUUGCAAUGACGAUUUAUUGAAUGAGAUGGAUGAUAGCAAUGACGAUUCGGAUUUCAUUAUUGAAGAAGAUGAUAUGCUUGGCUCGGAAGAAGGUGAAGAUGGCGACGACAAUGUUGUGUCCCCCUCAAACAUGAUGGGUGGUUUAAAUGAGCAUAUUCUACGCAACAAAAAGAGUAUAUCAAUCCACAAUGUUCCUCAGCUUGAUUUUUCUGGAGGUGUUGCUAUUGAAGAAGACAAUUUGAAUGAAACUACUACUCGUUCGAGUAGUGGUUGGAGGAUUCCCGAAGCCAUUUUUCACAAUGUUGAUGUUCAUCCCUCGUCUGAAGAGCCAUCAAUGAUAGACCGUGAAUUAGCCAAAGGCGUUGUCAUUCAAAGUAAGGAAGAUUUGUUGGUAAAAGUUGGGUUAUACCAUUUGAAGCAUAAAGUGGAGUACCGAACACCUAGAUCUUCAAAUUCUCGGUUAAAGGUUGUGUGCAAGCAUAAAAACUGCCCAUUCUUGCUUUCUGCGAAUGCACUGACUGGAAGUGGUUGGAAAAUUUCAAACUUUAUUCAUCCACAUACAUGCUUGGUUAACCUGAGUCAUUCAGCCCCUCGACAAUUGCCUGCAAAGAUCAUUGGAGCAUUAUUCGCGCCGAAGUUGUUGACAGAGGGCCGAGUAUUGAAGCCUGCAGAAAUUAUGGGUGACAUGGAGCGUGAUCAUGGCAUUAAGCUCAACUACAAUACAGCUUUGAGGUCUCAAAGCGCCGCAUACGACUUCAUUUAUGGAGAUCACAAGAAGUCCUGGGAACUUUUGCCGGCGUAUUUUCAUAUGUCGAUGAAGGAAAAUCCUGGAACAUCGGCAUACAUUGAGACCGAUAAAGAUGACGUGUUUGAGUAUGCUUUCAUUUCUUUUCAUGCGUCUGCAGGCUUCCUCAGUUAUUGUCGGCCCGUUAUUGUGAUUGACGGUACGCAUUUGAAGGGUAAGUAUAAAGGCAUCCUAUUUGUAGCAACUACAAAGGACGGAAAUGAACAAAUUUUUCCUUUGGCAUUUGGUAUCGGCGAUAAAGAAUGUCAUAGUGCAUGGAUGUGGUUUCUCCAAAAGCUUCGAUCCACUUUUGGAUGUCCGGAAAAUUUAGUGAUUGUUUUUGAUCGCCACCAGGGCAUAAAGUCUGCUAUGGAGGUUGUUUACCCUGAAGCCGUACAUGCCAUAUGUUCCUACCACCUUCGACAAAAUAUUCGAAGUCACGGGUGUAAAGCUGUUGGUUUAUAUAUGAAAGCUUCAUACACUUAUUCUUCCGUUGUGUACGAAAAGUCAAUGGCUAUGCUUGCGGCAAAAUAUCCUAACACAAAAAAGGUUUUGAUUGAUGAAGCCAUUCCAACUAGAUGGGCACGAAGUCAAUGUCCCGUGAGGCGAUAUAGUUUCAUGACGUCAAAUGCUUGUGAGCCCGAUCCGCGGUUGAGGUACACUCACGGCAAACCGCGGUUGGGAUGUCAACCGGCUGUGAAUGACUUUUUGAACUGUUCUCCUAGGAAGAACAAUCUUCAACCGCGGCUGAACUGCGAGCCGCGGUUGAGGUGCUAUCUCGGCCAACCGCAGUUGAGAAGUCAACCGGCUGUGAAUGACUUUUUGAACUAA